UUUCAAAGUUUCAAACGCAUCAUAUCUCCCGUGUACUGCUACUGCAUUUCUUUAAAAAAAAAAAAAAAAGAAAAAUUUUCUUCACUUUUUUAUAAGAAAGAAAAAUCUCAACCACCAUCUUCUCCCAGAAGCCCCUGCAAUUCCCCUCCUCCUCUCUCUCUAUAUGUAUUUAUACGCAUGUACACGUAUAUAUAGCUUGGUUAUUGGACGGCCGGCAGGGUCUUGUUCAUUUGGAAUUUGAUAUAUAGGGGCUGAGAGUGUUUUCUAGAGAGAGAGUGAGAGUGAGAUAUUUUUGAAUUGAAGAUGAAUGUGGCAGGGAGACAAAUGUCGAGAUCCAGCUCGACGGCGCACCACCACCGGCAGUAUUCCGAUAACUUCCUCGACAGUGGCAGAUGGCUUCAAUCGGCUUCGCAGGACUUCGGAUAUGGCUCGAGGAUGAACCGAAGCAUGCUGUCGAUGGACCCGUCGACGCCACCGGUUUGUUCGCGGUCGUCAAGUAUGAGGAAGAAUGCCGAUGAUUACGUGUCGCCGAGUGAGCUCAGCCCUGGCUUGCUCGAUCUGCAUUCUUUUGAUACUGAGCUGUUGUCCGAGGUGUCAAUUCCCAGCCUAUACGAGGGAUCUUUGCAUAAUCAACCUGCUCGGGGUAAAAGUUUUGAUGAUUCCGAACCUUAUCUUGCAGCCAGCAGACUGACUAGCAGAGUCCGAAAUUUGCCAGAGAAUAACCUUCUUAAGAGUUUCUCAGGGGACAAAGAAAGAUCCAACAAUGUUGCAAAGAUCAAAGUUGUGGUACGCAAGAGACCAUUAAACAAGAAGGAAAUGUCAAAGAAAGAGGAAGAUAUCAUUACUAUAGAGCCAAAUUCCAAUGCACUCACGGUUCAUGAAACCAAACUUAAAGUGGACCUAACAGAAUAUGUGGAGAAACAUGAAUUUGUUUUUGAUGCUGUGCUGAAUGAAGGUGUUUCAAAUGAUGAGGUAUACUCUGAGACUGUGGAGCCUAUAGUUCCUCUAAUUUUCCAUAGAACAAAAGCAACCUGCUUUGCAUAUGGGCAAACAGGGAGUGGAAAGACUUAUACCAUGCAACCGUUGCCCCUAAAAGCAUCCCAAGAUAUAUUAAGACUAAUGCGCCAAACAUACAGGAACCAGGGAUUUUAUUUGUUUGUCAGUUUUUUUGAGAUAUAUGGAGGGAAGCUUUUUGAUCUCCUCAAUGAGCGGAAAAAGCUUUGUAUGAGGGAGGAUGGGAAACAACAAGUGUGCAUCGUGGGUUUGCAGGAAUACAGAGUAUCAGAUGUUGAGGCCAUUAGGGAGUUCAUUGAGAAAGGAAAUGCAACUAGAAGCACUGGUACAACUGGUGCAAAUGAGGAAUCCUCUCGAUCACAUGCUAUACUUCAGCUUGCCAUCAAGAGAUCAAUUGAUGGUUCUGAAUCAAAGCCUGCCCGACUUGUAGGAAAGUUGUCUUUCAUAGAUCUGGCUGGGAGUGAGCGCGGUGCAGAUACUACAGAUAAUGACAAACAAACAAGAAUGGAAGGCGCUGAAAUUAACAAGAGCUUACUGGCUUUGAAAGAGUGCAUUAGAGCUCUUGACAGUGACCAGGGUCACAUUCCCUUUAGAGGGAGUAAGUUGACUGAAGUUCUUAGAGACUCAUUUGUUGGUGACUCGCGCACUGUUAUGAUAUCAUGUAUUUCACCAAGCUCAGGAUCGUGUGAACACACUCUAAAUACGCUAAGAUAUGCUGAUAGGGUGAAGAGUCUUUCAAAAGGGAACAACUCCAAACGGGAUCCGCUGUCUUCUUCAAACCUUAGAGACUCAACUGCACUGCCUUUGACCUCAUCUUUGCCUAAUGAAGCAAGCUUUGAUGAUAACAUAACUGAUGUUCCCAAUGAAAAGAACACGUUUGCAUGGGCUAAACCAACUGAGAGAGAAAAAUCUCCACCUUUUAAUUUGGAUCACAUUCCAAGUGGCAGGGCAGAGGGACAUGCAGCUGCAUCUGUUUAUUCAGAUUAUUACAAAUGUCAGAUAGGUGGUCAAAAGGCCAUUGCUGAGGAUGAUUUUGAUUACACAAAAGAAGCUUUUGAACUAGAAAAAACAUCUUGGAUGAACAAUAAUAAAGUGGAAAGCUAUGAUAUUCCAGCUUUGGAGGAUAAGCAAAGAAAUGAUGCUACAAUGAAGAGGAGAGACGUCCCACACUUCAUGACAAACAAUUCUAAUGCAGAUGAUAAUCAUCUGAAUGCCCUGUUGAAGGAAGAAGAAGAUCUUGUAUCUGCCCAUCGUAAGCAAGUUGAGGAGACAAUAGACAUUGUUAGGGAGGAAAUGAACUUGCUGGUUGAAGCUGAUCAACCAGGUAAUCAGCUGGAUGAUUAUAUCUCUAAGUUAAAUGCGAUUCUUGCACAGAAAGCUGCUGGAAUUCUACAACUUCAGACUCGUCUAGCUCAAUUUCAGAGGCAUCUGAAUGAGCAUAGUGUUUUGGUAUCUUCAUAUGGUAAUUGAUUCGAUCUUGGAGAGGGCUGAUGAAUGUAACCACUUGUGAGUGUAGCAGGCAGUUGGAGCGAUGACACCAUUUCUUCACUGAUGGUGGUUUCAUUUUGACUGCAUUGUAAUUGCAUCGGGUUACAGGGAAAUAGUGCUCUUUUGGGGUGGGUUGUUGGUGGAGGAACUUUGCCUGCUUGCCUGUUCUUAAUAUUAUUGAAGUCAGUCACUGUUCUGUCUUGAGUUAAUAGAAUCUUGAUAUUUAUGCCAGUGCUCACUGGCUUCUUUUUGUAAGAUGUGUAUGGCACUGUAAUAUAUUUUUGGUAAAAAAUUCUUGUUUGGGCUGUUA